GAGAGCAGCGUGUCGAUCUCUCCUACAACUACUGAAACAAGAAGCGCAUCAAGGCGUGCUCAAAGUACGCCAACUAAACCUGAAUCAAUGACAAUGAUUUUCUAAAAGUCACUCCAGGAUUAACGAUGCAAACGGGUUCACUGGUCAGAAAGCAAUUUUAAAGUAUCUUUUGCAGGAUCAUUUGUGAUGGCGACUACUGAGAUGGAAUCUGGUUCAGAAUGCAGAUCAGAACAUGGGAGUGGAGAUGCUGACUCAAAAUAUCCACUCAAAGUUCUUUAUUGUGGAGUGUGCUCUCUGCCUACAGAGUACUGUGAGUACAUGCCUGAGCCAGCCAAAUGUAGGCAGUGGCUUGAGAAGAACUUUCCAGAUGUAUUUGCCAGGAUGACUGUAGGUCCUGCAGUGAAAGCACCCAAACAGGAAGCCGGCACUGGAGAGGCUCCCCCUGCAGGCGAGGAGGAGAAAAAGAAACAGAAGCGAGGUGGAAAAGGCCAGAUUAAACAGAAAAAGAAGACUGUGCCUCAGAAAGUUACGAUAGCAAAAAUCCCAAGAGCCAAGAAGAAAUAUGUCACACGGGUCUGUGGCCUGGCAACGUUUGACAUCGAGCUAAAAGAGGCUCAGCGAUUCUUUGCCCAGAAAUUCUCUUGUGGCGCCUCAGUUACAGCAGAGGAUGAAAUAAUCAUUCAGGGAGAUUUUACAGAUGACAUAAUCGAUGUCAUUCAAGAGAAGUGGCCUGAGGUGGAUGACGACAGCAUCGAUGAUCUGGGUGAAGUGAAGAAGUGAAGACCAAAUAUGCACUUUGAAAAUGGAUCUGACCCGUAACGGCGACAACCUGGCCAAAUGUACACAUUAAGUCAUUUUAUACCUAUUUUAUUUACUGUACAUAAAAAAAGCUGCGGACUUGGCCACUCACUUGGCAUUUUUUUUAGUUCACACACUCUUGUUUUGCCAAAGGUGUGGUAUGGUGUGAUGAUUAUUUUUUUUUCCUCCCCAAAAUGUUCUUCACUCAAGCAACUGUAGGCUAAUAAAUUUCAAUCUCCCUCA